CCCUCUCUCCCUUCCCUCUAUCCCUCUUCCACUGUCCCUUGUUCCCGUUUCGGUUGGUGCAGUUUUGUGUUGUAGCUUUGUUUUCUCUGCUUGGUUAGGUAUCGAAGCGGGUGACGACGAUGGAAGGUCUCACUCUCACUGGAGUGCUGAGGAAGGCUGCCGGGGACUUCCCCUCCCGGCGCGCCAUAUCCAUCUCGGGCCGCCUCGAACUCUCCUACGCCCGCCUCCACCAGCUUGUGGAUGCCGCCGCCGCCUGUCUUGCCGACGCCGGCGUGCUCCCCGGUGACGUCGUUGCCCUGGCCUUCCCCAACACCGUCGAGCUUGUGAUCGUGUUCCUGGCCGUGAUCCGCGCCCGGGCUGUGGCGGCGCCGCUCAACCCCGCAUAUACUAAGGAAGAGUUCGCGUUUUACCUCUCUGACUCGGAGUCGAAGCUCCUGGUGAUCAACGCCGAGGGGAACGCGGCUGCGGAGGCCGCCGCUGCCGAGCUCGGGAUCCCCCGCUCCGCCGCGUCCCUCCCCGACGCCUCCGGCACGCUCGAGCUCUCCCUCCCCGCCGGCAGUACGGCAGCAGACGGGACCGCGCUGCCGCUCGACACGCGCGUCAAUGACCCCUCCGACGUCGCGCUGUUCCUGCACACCUCCGGCUCCACGAGCCGGCCCAAGGGCGUCCCCCUCACCCAGUUCAACCUGGCUGCCUCUGUCAAGAACAUCCGCUCCGUGUACCGGCUCAGCGAGACCGACUCCACCGUAAUCGUCCUCCCCCUGUUCCACGUCCACGGCCUGGUAGCCACCCUCCUCUCCUCCCUCUCCGCCGGCGCAGCCGUGGCCCUCCCAGCCGCCGGCCGCUUCUCGGCCUCCACCUUCUGGGCCGACAUGCGCGCCUCCGGUGCCACGUGGUACUCAGCAGUGCCCACCAUCCACCAAAUCCUUCUCGACCGCCACGCCACGCGGCCCGAGCCGGCCUACCCAGAGCUCCGCUUCAUCCGGAGCUGCAGCGCGUCGCUGGCGCCGGCGAUUCUGGAGCACCUGGAGGCGGCCUUUGGAGCGCCGGUGCUGGAGGCGUACGCGAUGACGGAGGCGGCGCACCAGAUGGCGUCGAAUCCACUACCGGAGGACGGCCCACGGAAGCCGGGCGCGGUGGGGCGGCCGACGGGACUGGAGAUGGCAAUCCUGGAUGAGGAGGGCGCGCGCCGCCCGCCAAACGUUCCCGGGGAGGUGUGCAUCCGGGGCCCUAACGUGGCCAAGGGCUAUAAGAAUAACCCAGAAGCCAACAAGGCGGCCUUCGCCUUUGGAUGGUUCCACACCGGGGACGUCGGCUUCCUCGACGCCGAUGGCUACCUCCACCUCGUCGGCCGCAUCAAGGAGCUCAUCAACCGCGGAGGCGAGAAGAUCUCUCCGAUAGAAGUGGACGCGGUGCUAUUGGAACACCCGGACAUCGCGCAGGGCGUGGCGUUCGGCGUGCCCGACGACAAAUACGGGGAGGAGAUAAAUUGCGCCGUGAUACCGAGGGAAGGGGCGGACAUGGAGGAGGCGGAGGUGUUGAGGCAUUGCCGGAAGAACCUGGCGGCGUUCAAGGUGCCGAAGCGGGUGUUCAUCACGGAUUCGCUGCCGAAGACCGCCACCGGAAAGAUCCAACGGCGGAUCGUCGCCGAAUUCUUCGUGCCUCCCGCCAAGGCACCGAGGGCCGGGGCUUAAAUUCCUCGAAGCCCCCUCCUCCAGCCCCAUGUCAUUAACUAUAUAACUAAAAGAUAUUGAAGCAGGCAAAAAAAAAAAGAAAAAAAGAGAGAGGGCAUGUGUUGCCCUUUGUGACUAUUUAGUUUAUGAUGUGAAAGUGAUAAUAGUAAAAAUAUAUGAUUUUCUUUGAAGUAUUUAUAAAAUUUUAUCCUUAUUAUUAUUA